GCCUACACUCUCUCAACAUUAGCCUUUUAAUAUUGCAUGAAAGAAACAUACCAAGUCCUCGAUAACUUUAUUUCUUAUUUACUUGACGUAUCAGGGCUAGCUUUCUCUUCUCUGUGCAUACCCGAACUCCACAUCGACAGAAGAGCCUCUGCUGUUCAUAAUCUGUAUAGUUUCACUGUAACGUCAUGUAUUAUUUAUACAGAGUCACCACAAGAAAAUGCAUGGAUUACCCACCUGCAUUAGGUCAUGGUGGAUGGAAUAAUGAGCACGUGAAGAAAAACACAACACUGAUCUGCAUAAAAUACGGUGAAAGAAUACUGAGGCGGUGGGAAACUCCAAUCACGUGAUAGAAGAACACCCAUACCAUUGGAUAGGGCUGCAUUGGCCUUCUUGUUUUGAAUCCUCACAAUGCAGAAAGCUACUUUCUACGAUAAUUCUGGAGUCUUUGGAAGCUACUCUUACCCCAAAUCCGAGUCAUAUAGUUAUGGCCCCAGUCACCAGCCCUACUCCACUUCUAACCUUGAGAGUGAUUAUCAGGGUCCAGUUUGUCCAAUACAAACCCAAACUGUACGGCCACCAACUCAUAAAGACAAUACCAUGAAUGGAAACUGCACGAGAUCCAGUAGCAGCCAACUGCCGAGUAUUCGUGAACAGCCGCAAGCGCCUCCAUUGUCGGCCUCUUCGCCUAACUCCAGCAACACUUCAUCCCAGAAGAAGAAAUCUCCCUCAAACAAUGAUUCUAAUACUGCCACCCCAGUCACUAACAAACAAAUAUUCCCAUGGAUGAAGGAGACGCGAUCGAACGCAAAACUGAAAAGCAACAGCAGCAACAAUUGCUCAACCGCAGAAGGUGAGUCCUGCGAUGAAAAAAGCCCACCUGGUCCAGCCUCUAAACGGGUCCGGACUGCCUACACCAGUGCACAACUUGUAGAACUUGAGAAGGAGUUCCAUUUCAACCGGUACCUGUGUCGUCCCCGAAGAGUGGAGAUGGCUAAUUUAUUGAAUCUCACUGAGCGCCAAAUAAAGAUCUGGUUUCAAAACAGAAGGAUGAAGUACAAAAAGGAUCAGAAGGCUAAGGGGAUAAUGCACUCUCCCAUCGGACACUCCCCGGACAGAAGCCCACCAUUAAGUGGCCCAAAUCACAUCGGAUAUUCUGUCAACGUAAACUGUCUCAGCUAUGACGCACCGUCGCCCCCUUCAUUCGCCAAACCCCAGCAAAACAUGUACGGAUUGGCAGCUUACACGGCACCAUUAGGUGGCUGUAAACCACAACAAAAAAGGUAUCCGGGCUCCGAAUACGAGCACCACAGCAUGCAAGGCAAUGGUGGCUUUGCCAACGCUAAUUUGCAAGGCAGUCCGGUGUACGUUGGGGGAAAUUUCGUUGAUUCCAUGCCAGCCUCGGGUCCCAUGUUCAACCUCGGCCAUCUACCCCAUCCCUCAUCCGCCAGCGUGGACUACAGCUGUGCCGCUCAGAUUCCAGGCAACCACCACCAUGGACCCUGUGACCCCCAUCCCACAUAUACAGACCUCAGCUCUCACCAUGCGUCUCAGGGAAGGAUUCAGGAAGCGCCUAAACUAACGCAUUUGUAAAAUGUGAGGUUUUUGUCUGUGCCCAAAUUCUGUUAGGCUCUUUUAUUAUCUCAGUAGUCUCAAGUCAUUUAUAUGAUUACACUAAAAGUGAGCCAUGUAUUACCAGUGUUAUUAUUGAUAUUACUAUUAAUGCUAUUGUGUAAUAAUUACUUUCUAAGAAUAUGUCUGGACCAUUUUUCUUGACUGUUGAGGAUGCGCAGGAGAGACUGUUUGUCUGUUGAGGAUGCGCAGGAGAGACCGUUCGUCUGUUGUUCGUUUUCUGAAGUGCAAUGCGCAGUAUUGGGGACGGAAAACGUCAUUAACAUUACUUGAAGGUAAGUCCUGUAGAUCUGACAGUAGUUACCCAUCUUUAUAGGGAUGGGUUUUUAUAAAAAUAAAAAAAGCUCCAAGGUGUCUGUUUGCUAUAUUUGAAGCGUCUUAUUUAUUUUUCCAAGAUUGUAUUGCAUUUAUCUAAUUUUCUGUAUGUAUUAUUUAAGGUUUUUGUAUUACACAUUAUUUAUAAUUUACAUGUAUGACUAUUUAUAUGGACAUCUAGAAUUUAUGCAACAUCGUUGGACAGACUUUGACAUCAUGGCCCUUCAAUAGGUACACGGGUUUUUGGUGAAUGCUUGUUUCAAAAUAUGCCUUCAGAGGCUGGUGGUCUUAGGUUUGUUGUAGAAGGAACUCCUACGUGUAAAUCUGGGAAUAUUGGGGAUUUUUUACGUGUCUCUAUGAAAAACAAAGUUAGGCUACAUGUAGCUCUAUCAAAAUACCGAAUAUUACAGAAAUGAAUCACACCAGUAUGUCAUUUGUUGUCAUUGCCAAUUUUCAUAUCAGGUCAUUGUCAUUUCAUCAGUUGGACUGUCCAUGCAUACAUUUAUGAA